AUGCGCAAGCUUGACAUGGCGCGAGACAAUCGAUGGACGGAGCCGUGGCCGAUAUUUGCAUUUCUGAUUCGUCACUCCACUGGCAACUACCUUGUGGACACUGGCGACACGUGGCGAAAUUCCGUGCCUGGCUAUCUGCCCAAGUUAAUCAGGGACAACGUCAAGGUGCUUGUUGCUCCCCAUGAAGAAAUAGGCGAACGUCUGAAGUCUAUGGGUUUGGAUCCGGACAAGGAUAUCAAGUCAGUCAUCAUGUCGCACCUGCACCACGACCAUGCUGGUGGCCUACACCACUUCCCUCACUCGAGAAUCCUCGUGUCUGCAGAAAACUACAAGGAAGCCACAAGUUUGAUCGGAAGCAAGGUUGGCUAUCUUCCCAACCAGUGGCCUGUUUGGUUCAAACCAGAGCUCUUCGACUACCAGCAUAUUUCUGUCGGACCUUUUGCCAAGUCUCUAUCCAUCACAGACGACGGGGCAAUCACAAUAGUUCCAACUCCUGGCCAUGCCCCAGGUCACGCUUCUAUCAUUGUGAAGGGUUCCGAUGGGAUCACUUACUUUAUUGGGGCUGAUGUAUCGUGCAGUGAAAGGAAUAUUCGGGACAAUGUUGCGGACGGCGUGACAUGGCAGCCUGAACUAUCAUUACAAACUCUAGCUAAAGUUCGACAGUUCGCCAGUCAGCAACCGACGAUCAUACUAUGCUCUCAUGACCCAAUUAAUUGGGAAAGAAUGGAAAAGGGUCAAGUGUUCGCAAAGUUUCAAUAA